AAGAAAAACAACAACAACAACAAAUGGCUGAGCUUCCGGGCUUAGGAAAACACUGUAAUUUUGAACAAUGCAAGCAACUGGAUUUUUUACCUUUUGCUUGUGAUGGAUGUGGGAAUACUUUCUGCUCGGAUCAUAGAACAAAAGAUGCCCACUCCUGUUCACAGCAUCUGUUGUCAUCCUCAGGUUGUGAAUACACAGGGGCGAGGGGUUACACGUGUAGCUUAUCAGACUGUGGUAACAGAGAACUUACUGAAAUUAUAUGUGAAAAGUGUCAGCUGUCAUUUUGUUUGAGUCACAGACAUGCUCAAGACCACAGCUGUAGUAAACUGAUGGAAGAGACAGCAAACACUGUGUCCAAAACUGCUGAACAUGUACAUCAAAUCAUUGCAUCAAAACCAGCUGUAGUAAAGAAAUCUCGUAUGAGUGCCAAGUCCAGUAAAACAGCAGCUAAAGUGGCUUUGAUGAAGAUGAAGCUGCAUGCAAAAGGUGACACAGGAUGCCCUGAAACAGAGAGAGUGUAUUUACGCAUAUAUCCACCUUGUCAAUGCAAGAAAGAUCCCCAGCCUAUGUUCUUCUCAAAGACAUGGAGUGUAGGUAGAGCAGUUGACAGUGUUGCUGGAAGGCUUGGAAUUCAGAAUAACAACAAUGUUCAGUCAGCAAAGAAACUACGAUUAUUUUCUUCCGAGGAUGGAACAAUUUUACGAACAGACUGUGCUAUAGAGACCUUAGUAAAGGAAGAACUGAUAUUUAGUGGGUCAUCUGUGAUUCUGGAAUAUGUAGAAAACAACUCUGAGAAACUUGAUGAUAUAUCUGUAUAUAAGAUAUCUUGAUGUCCGACCUGACAGUUUACCUGAAAGCAAUAUAUGGAUUUAAUGAUGUCAGAUGUGUAAUAUAUUGCCUGUUCUAAGAUCGGUUUAAGAGAAAGUGACUCUUCUAAAUGUAUAUUUUUCAUUCUGUUUCAAAUUUUGUUGUUACUGUGAAAUCCAUUAUUUUCUUGGACAUGACAUUUCGUGGUUUGAGAUAUAAUUUUGUGGAUUUUAUAUUUUUGAAGAUUAAAAGAACGGGCAUUUAUUUGUUGUUGUGGAACGGUACAACUACUUAAUCCAUGUAAAUUAGUCCCCCAUAAAAAUAAGUGUUUUUACAGUAUACUGAUUUAGAUAAUAGAAGAUAUAUUGAUUCUUCAUGUGAGGAAGCCAUCCAGCUGGCUUACGGAAGGUCAGUGGUUCUACCCAGGUGCCUGCUCGUGAUGAAAUAAUGCACGGAGGGGCACCUGGGGUCUUCCUCCACCAUUAAAAGCUGGAAAGUCGCCAUAUGACCUAUCAUGUGUCAGUGCGACGUUAAAUCCAACAAAAAAAAUAUAUAUAUUGUUUAUGUAAAACAGACCAGGUUCAAAAAACAAACACUAUCUUUACAAAUGUUUGUGAUGUUGAAUAUGAAAGAACAAUUAAAUGUUUAUUAAAUGCAACAACUUACAGAUGCACUAUUCUUUAAUUUUCAAAGGAAAAAAUCACCACUGAAUCACUGUGAGUACUAUGUUUUGCUUGCUCUAGAUGAAAUAUGUGAAAGUAAUUUUAUAGUGAAAUAAAUUUCAUAGUUCACUUUUAACUACCAGUCAGAA